AUGGCUCCACAUCCCCAAGAUGACGCCUACGCAGCUUCGAUUAAAGACCCAGCCAAGUUCUGGUCACGGCAAGCAAAGCAUCUCAUCUGGCAUAAAGAACCCACGUCUGCGUUCCAGCGCACGACGCGGAAGUUGAAGUCUGGAGUGUCGCAUGAUAGCUGGACAUGGUUCCCAGGUGGCGAGAUCAGCACAACGUACAAUUGUAUCGAUCGUCAUGUCGAGGCUGGCCAUGGUAAUAAUAGGGCCAUCAUCUGGGACAGUCCCGUUACAAAAAGCAAGGAGAAGAUCAGCUACGCCCAGCUACAAGAGGAUGUCGCUACGCUGGCGGGGAUACUUAGAGAAGAGGGCGUGAAAAAGGGCGAUACUGUUCUCGUAUACAUGCCCAUGAUACCGGCAGCAUUGAUAGGCAUACUAGCAACAGCACGAAUUGGCGCUAUACACGCCGUAGUGUUCGGAGGUUUCAGCGCUGCUUCGUUGGCACAGAGAAUCGAAGCUAGUGGUGCCAAGGUGAUCUUGACCGCUAGUUGUGGUAUUGAGGGUGCGAAAGGUCCGUUGCCAUAUCAGCCGAUGGUUCGAGGGUCAGUCGAGAAGUCAUCUGUGAAGCCUAGUAAGGUACUUGUAUGGCAGCGGGAGGAGAGUAGAUGGGACGACAUACAGGAAGAGAAGGGAGAGCGGCAUUGGCAGGGGCUGAUGAAGGCGGCGAAGAGUAAAGGAUUGAAGGCUGAGAACGUACCGGUGAAAAGUAGUGAUGGACUGUAUAUCAUAUACACAAGUGGAACUACUGGUCUCCCAAAAGGCGUCUUACGAGAAGCUGGUGGCCAUGCAGUAGGACUGAAUUUAUCCGUAAGGUAUCUCUUUGGCAUCCGCGGACCAGGUGAUGUUCUGUUCACGGCCAGUGACAUCGGCUGGGUUGUCGGUCACAGCUACAUCAUCUACGCACCACUGCUGGCUGGUGGCACUACUGUUCUGUUCGAAGGUAAGCCUGUGGGCACACCGGACGCGGACACCUUCUGGCGAAUACUGGAAGAGCAUAAAGUGAACUCGCUCUUCACAGCGCCAACAGCACUAAGGGCGGUGCGCAAAGAAGAUCCCGAGAACAAGUUCUUCGAAAAGCGUGGCAGAAAUGGGGGACUGAAAAAUCUCCGUGCUCUAUACCUCGCAGGCGAACGCUCGGAGCCGAGCAUAGUCACCAUGUAUCAAGAGCUGUUAUCGAAGCACUGCGCGAAGAACGCAACAGUCAUCGACAACUGGUGGUCUUCUGAGUCCGGAUCGCCUAUGACCGGUCUUGCGGUCCUUCCCAGUACAGCGCUGGACUUCACCGAUCACACCUUCCACCCACCUCUCCCCAUCAAGCCAGGCUCAGCCGGCAAGCCCUCUCCCGGCUUUGAUGUCCGCGUCGUCGAUGAUGACGGCAAAGAGAUCCAAAAGGGCAGUAUGGGAAACAUCGUCCUUGGCAUCCCCUUCGCACCCACAGGUUUCACGACCCUCUGGCAAGACGAAGAGCGCUUCUACCGCAGCUACCUCAAACGCUUCGACGGGAAAUGGAUAGACACAGGCGAUGCAGGAAUGAUCGACGAGGACGGAUACGUGCACAUCAUGUCCCGCGCCGACGAUAUCAUCAACGUGGCUGCGCAUCGUCUGAGUACUGGCGCAAUCGAGCAGGCGAUCACGACACAUCCCGCUAUUACGGAAGCGGCGUGUGUUGGCAUACCGGAUCCGAUGAAAGGGCAUGUGCCGUUUGCUUUCAUCGCUAUCGCUGACGCUCCUAAGGACCUGCUCAAGGACCUCAAUGCGAGGAUCAGAGAGAGUAUAGGGCCUAUAGCGAGUCUAGGUGGUUUUAUCGCAUCGCCCGGUAUCAUCCCAAAGACGCGGUCAGGGAAAACCUUACGAAGGACUUUGAGGGAGAUUUUGGAGAAUGGAAGUCAAGGAGAAUUUGAAAAGGACCCAUCGUAUCCGUCUACGAUUGAGGAUGUGGCUGUGGUCGGCAAGGCGAAGGAAGCGGUCAAAGCCUACUUUGAGACUGGAGAGGGUAAGAAGAUCAAGGCAAAGUUGUGA